CUCCUCGGCGCGGACGACGCGCCACGUGGACUGCGCGUCCGACAGCCAGUCCACCGAGUCCGAGGCCCCGGCGGCCGACGACUUCGCGGACGCCAUCGUCCGGGGGCUCCGCUCCGACGACCGCCUCCUCUUCGAGCCCCACGGGCCCUCCAGCUCCAUCCUCGAGAGGAAGCCUCCGGCGGCGCCUGCCCUGCGGCCGCGAGCGGCGGCGUCCUCCUCUCGUCCUUCGUUGACGGCGUCGCGGUGGCGUUCGACUCCGCCGACCCGUCAGAUGGUGAUGGUGUCAGGCGGCGGGGGUAACGCGUGGGCGAAGGAGAUGACCCUCCGCCGCAGGAUAGCCAGCAUAUUCAACAAGACGCAGGAACACUUCCCUACUCUGAAGGACUACAACGAUUAUCUGGAAGAAGUUGAGGAUAUGACUUUCAACCUGAUCGAAGGGAUAGAUGUCGAGGAGAUUGAAGCAAAAAUUGCAAGAUACCAACAGGAAAAUGCGGAGCAGAUAUACUUGUCCAGAGCUAAAAGGGCAGAAGAUCUUGCGGCAGCACUUAAAGCAAGCAGGAUGAACCCCGUAAAGGCCGAGGCCAAUGAUACGGCUGCUGGGAGUUCUCAGGGUAUUAGUGGCGGGGCAGGAGUUCAGGGCCAGUAUGCACCUGCCGCUGUUCUUGGGGGAGUGGCUCAGCCCCGCCCCACAGGUAUGGCGCCCCAACUAAUCGGCAGUGGGUCGGAUCCCCUGCAAGGAGACGACGAGGAGACCAGGAGACUACGCGCAGAGCGAGCAGCACGGGCUGGCGGAUGGACUGCUGAAUUGAGCAAGAGAAGAGCGCUUGAGGAGGCGUUUAGCGCCAUAUUCAUCUAGGAUUAGAUCAAAAGGCAACACAUGGUCUGCAUUGGCAUUGGUAAAACCUGCACUAGUUCUGCAGGGCAAAGAAUAAGAACUACUCAAUCAGAUGCCGCCAUGCAAAAGUUAAAAUGUGUCUCUAUCCAUGGCAGGGCUACUCUAAAACUAACUAAAUAUAUUACUAGUGGUCUUUCACAUUUGCAUGGUUGGUCUUAUUGUGACCGGCAAGUCAGUAAGUGGGCAGCCGAGCCUUUUGUUC